CCCCCUCCGCCGCCUCCCAAGGGUAAGAGGCCGAUGCCAGCGAAGGUGCGGCGAGUACCGGAGGUUGUUGAGUUCUAUCAUUCGUUAAUGCGGAGGGACUCCCGGCGAGAUCCCGGCUCCGGAAUUUCCGACCCGCCGUCGACCGCCAAUGCUCGUGACAUGAUAGGGGAGAUCGAGAACCGGUCCACUCACCUACUCGCUAUAAAGACGGAUGUAGAGACUCAAGGGGAUUUCAUAAAGUUUCUGAUUAAAGAAGUUGAAAAUGCUUCAUUUACUGACAUCGAGGACGUUGUGCCAUUUGUCAAAUGGUUGGACGAUGAGCUCUCAUAUCUGGUGGACGAAAGAGCCGUCCUUAAACACUUUCAGUGGCCGGAGCAAAAGGCCGACGCUCUGCGUGAGGCCGCCUUUGGCUAUUGCGAUCUAAAGAAGCUGGAGUCCGAAGCGUCAUCGUUUCGUGGUGAUGCCCGCCAGCCCUGUGGUUCCGUUCUCAAGAAGAUGCAAGCUCUGCUUGAAAAAUUGGAGCAUGGCGUAUACAAUCUCUCGAGAAUGCGUGAAUCUGCAACUAAGAGAUACAAAGCUUUUCAAAUUCCAGUGGAAUGGAUGCUUGAUAGUGGAAUUAUGAGUCAGAUCAAGCUUGUCUCUGUGAAAUUAGCAAUGAAGUACAUGAAGAGAGUAUCCGCGGAGCUUGAAACAGUCGGUGGUGGACCUGAGGAAGAAGAGCUGAUUGUCCAAGGCGUUAGAUUUGCCUUCCGUGUGCAUCAGUUUGCCGGAGGAUUUGAUGUGGAAACGAUGAGGGCAUUUCAAGAGCUGAGAGAUAAAGCAAGUUCAUGCCACGUUCAAUGCCAAAACCAGCAACAUAAGUACGUGUGCAGUAGCAGGCCUACAACUUGUUAAUCUGCAGCAAUCUCAGCUUCAGAGGGCUCUGUUUUUUGGUGGUUGUAAAGAUCGAUUGUUAACCAUGUUUGUGAAUAUUAAUGGCAGCAGCUGUUUUGGGUGGGAUGGGAUGGGACUCCAAUUUAUUCAUUUAAAAGAUAAUGAACUGAGGUCAUAUUAUAUUGAAAAGAAAGGAAGGGAACCCAUUUUCUUCUUUAAUAUAUGCAUUCAACUUCAUCCUUUUCCUCUUUAAA